AUGCGAACCCCUGUGUGUGAACCCCCAUGUGAACCCUCGCGUGAGCCCUCGUGUGAAUCCUUGUGCGAACCCUCGUGUGAAUCCCCGUGCAAACCCCCAUGUGUGAACCCCCAUGUGAACCCUCGU